UUCCUCAGGCUCUAGGCUCUAGCUCUGAGCAGUGAGGACACUCUUUGGAGUUGGGAGACUUUGUAGAGGGGAGGAAGGGCAAAAGGCCAACACUGCCAGGUACUGGUGAGAAGGUCGUGCAGGGCUCCUGUACGGGCGCUCGUGACCAUGUCUCGCGCUGUUUGCAAGCUGCUCCGGUCGCCGGUCAGUGGGCCAGACGUCCUUCUGGCACCGGACUGGAAGAAAGCCUCCGCACAGUUCUCUGCGCCGGGGCGCGCCCUCGUGCCUAGCAGGGGGUUCACCGCAACGCAGAUUGUGUGUGGGGGAGGGCCGAAGCAGAAGGAGGGGCCCAUCUGGGGGAGGAGCCUGCGGAAGCUAGGGCUAAUGGAGAAGUGGAAGGAUGCCAAGAAGGAGCGGAUUAAAGUGGCGAUUGAGCGGCAGAAACUAGAGAGGGAGCGGCGAGCCAUCAGGCGGGAGUUGCAACUAGCAAUGGAGGAGCGGCGGCGCGCGGAGCACGAGCGCAAGUUGGCGGAGUUGGCGCGCGCGGGGAUCAUCGUGGAGGGGGGCUUGGACGAGCGGGCAAAGAAAGAGGACCUGCUGAGCGCUCUGAGGACGGGGCAGCCGGUCAGGGAGCCGUGGCAGGAGGGCCUGGAGAAAAUCACGAUGAAGGACAUCCAAGAGACAUUUGCGACACCCGUGAAUCUCGAGGCGCUCCGCGAGGCGGGCGUCUUCGACGAGAAGGGAGUUCUCGGGGCGGAGCGGGGGCGCGACCGGCGGGCGACUCCAGAGAAACCGGGGGACAACGACUGGGGGCUGCGGCCGGCCCCCCGGGAGGACCAGGUCAGCCUGGACGACCUGCGCGAAAUUUUCCGGGGGGGUGUAACCGAGGGGGCAAGCAAGGGGGGGGCGAGAGACAGGGUGCCGAGGGGGGUGAAAAGUGAGAUUGAGGAAGAUUUGGAGAACCGGGAGAGGGAGCACGCUGUUUUGGAGGGGAUCACUGUGCCGGAAACCGUUGCUGAGGCGGAGGAUUUGUUUUGUGGGGAGGAGAGGGGAGAAGAAUGGGAGCAGUGGGAGGGGGGGUCGGAGUCCGAAGGGGAGGGGAGAGAGGCGGAUGGAGAAGAAGGGUUAUCGGAAGAAGAGGAUGCGUUGUUGAGGGGGGAGGAAGGCGUAUCAAACAGCGAAGCAUUUGGAGCGAGUAAGUCAAUCGACUCAGAUCUGAGAAACGGGUUGAGAAUCCACGAAGAAGACGGGGAGGAGGAUACGUGGGGGGAUGACGACUUCGAAGUCUUGAGGGAGCGCCCGGUGGCUGCAUAUCAACACUCUUGGGACGCGAUCCUCGAAGAGGGGGAUCCUUCCGGGAAUGGCGAGUCGGCGGAGGCCGGGGGCAAUCAGGUGGUGAAUCCGUACAGUGGGUGGGUGCGCGUUUACACCAAGCCGAAGAAGACGAAACGGGGCCGGAUUAUUCCCCUAGAGAAGCGAGGCAACAGCUCCGCUAGGAUCAAGUUUCUGUUAGAGACCGUGCAUGAGAGGCAGGAGGGGGAAGUAGGUAAAACGGAAGAAGAGCAAGACGCGCAAUUGGAGCAAGAACUCAUGCAGGCGACUUAAACAUUGUCACGAUCAGCCCGAGCUCGUGUUGCCAACUUCACCUGUAGUGCUUUGGGUCAGUCCAUUUUAUGUACAUCUAGCCCAGUCUGGAAGUGUGCGGCUCCUAGGCAGUCCAUGUCCAUGCAGUUCACGUCCCCAUUGCGUGGAUACAUAUGAGACAGAAAUCUGUAAAUCGUGAUCCAUUGGAACCAACGU